UGGAGAGACAGUCUGUAAUUAUAAAUUACAUUCUAGCUAUGAGGAAGAGACAGCUAAGAAAUUUUCUCUUCAUAAAAACUAACUGGAUCACUGCAAAAUGACUACAGAAGUAAUAUUACAUUAUCGGCCAUAUGAGAGUGAUCCCACACAACUGCCCAAAAUUAUAGAGAAAGCAAUUCAGGACUUUCCUACUCGUCCACCAUCAAGAUUUAUUCCUUGGUUUCCGAAUGAUGGGUCCAAACUUCCACUCAAACCUGAAAGAUCACCACCUGUGAUUUCUGAAGAGUCAGUUGAAGAUAUGAAACACUACUUAGCCAUGUCAGAACAUGGUAUUAAGUCACAUAGUUAUGACUGUACUUAUGACUGUACUAUAGAUCUAUUGGAGUUUCAGCCUGUUUUGAAAAAAGAGAAGCAUUUAAUUCGAUCACACACACUGAAUGAGCAGACUAAUUCCGGAAAUCUGGAAAAACAAUCAGAAAAAGGAAUACAACUGAAGAAAAGGUCUUGGAGUAUUUCACUUUCCCGAAGCACUUGUACAGAAAAUACAUUUCCUUUGUCUAAAAAAUUGCAAGACAGUUUAAAGAAACUGAAUUUGCACUCCCUUCAUAGAGCAAGAUGGACAAUAGAGCACACUGUAUGUGAUAACCAAACUCUGGAAGAAGUUUGGGCAAAACUUAACCGAAUUAUCAGGCAUAAUGAACUUCCAUCUUGUAAUGCUACAAUUCAGAGACAUUUAGACCAAAUAUGGGUAUUCUGUGAUGUUAGGUACUGUGAAUACGUGGGAAAUCUUCUUAAAGAAAGAUUAGCUCUUAAUCGGAAAAUACAUUUAUUUGUGCACAAAUAUGGUGCUAUUUUUAGUAUGUGAUGAAUUCCACUGACUGAAAAAAUUUUGGAUGAACUGUCAUCCCGUUGCUCAUCGAUUUGUUCGAGCGGGCACCAGUAAUGUCUCUCAUUGAGAGACUUAUUAUUACUGUUUUUGGCAUAUCCAAUACGCACGGGUAGCUUGCCAGGCUCUGCCAAAAGGGCUCUAUACUCAGGGUAGCUUGCCGGGCUCUCCAAGAGGGGCGGAGGAAUUGAACUCGGGUGGGCCUCGUGAAAGGCGAAAGCCCAACCGCUGUGCUAUCACUCCAGCCCUUGGAUGAACUAUGAAUUGAAAUAGAGGAAUAAAUUUUACAAAUUUUUAAUGACAAUGCUUUAUCUGUCCCUUCACUAAUAAAUCUGUUUGUUCUUAACAUAGUGAAAAAUAAUUAUGAUAGCAUGUGUGCAGUUUAAAUUUCAGAAAUGUGAAUUCCUGGGGUUACUGAUUAAAUUAGGAUCUCUUUGGGUUCUAUUUUUAGCAGCUUUCUUUUAAAUUAAUAAUGAUCAAUUACUGGAAGUAAACUUUUUUCUUUUUUUAUAGUAAUUAAAUAAGAUAAUCCUGUGGGUUACAGUGAAUAGUAUGAAUUUUGGAAACUUUCCACAAUUUCAUUUUAUUUAUAAACCUAUUAUAUUUUUUCUCUGCUCACCUAAAGUGUAAUGAUUUUAUCUUUAAAUAAAAUUUAUGGACUGAAUAAAUGUAGUUAAGUUGGGAGACCAGCCCAGGAUUCUGCUUAUGUUUCAAAAAAUUGGUAAGAGAAAAUAUUGUUGGGUUGUAGGAUGUGUUGUUUUGAAAUUGAAGUUUAAAAAAAACUGUAAUUUGGCUAAGAUUACAGUGUAUCAUGAAGGGAAUGUAUGAAAUAUAGAUGAGAAAUCAAGUGAUUUUUGUUACACCAUUCAGUGUUAAAGAUGUUAAUUCAGGCUAUUAGAUAACUGACUUUUUUUUUAGUAUUUAAAAAAAUUUUUUUAAUUGAAUCACUGUAAUAUAUAGUUAUAAAGCUUUCAUGUUUGAGUUUCAGUCAUGCAAUGAUCAAUCACCCAUUCUUCCACCAGUGCACAUUUUCCACCACCAAUGUCCCCAGUAUCCUGCUCCAUCCCAUCCCUCUACCUGUCUUUGUGGCAGACAAUUUCCCCCAUACUCUCUACUUUUGGACAUUAUGGUUUGCAAUACAGACACUGAGAGGCUAUCACGGUUGGUCGUUUAUCUACUUUCAACAUUUACCUCCCAUCCUGAACUAUCCCUCCAACCAUCAUUACUUAGUGAUCCCCUCUGUAUUCCAGCUGUCUUCUCCCCCAGUUCAUGAGGCAGGCUUCUAACGAUGUCACAAUAUUCUUGGCCCUGUUUCUACUGUCCUUGGGUAUCUAUCAGUCUCAUAUUAUGUUAUUUUAUAUUCCACAAAUGAGUGCAGAGAUGACUGAUUCUUGAAGUUAUUUUGGGUUCUCACAAACAAAGUGUUUUCAAUUUAGCAUACACAUCACCUCAUAAAGAUUCUUGGUGAUUUUAGAAAAAUAAUUAAAAUUAUGUUAACUUACAUUCCCAUGAACUAGAUGUUAGGGUAUAUUAGAGGAGUGUACGUGAAGUUACUGCCAUUUCAUAGUUCCUACCAGUCCUCUGAGAAAAACUGUCAAGACCAUACUUAUUGGGAAGGCUGAGACAUGGCUGCCUUUUGGCACAUUGCUUGACUUUGGGUUCUUCAUAGCCUAAAGUGACUGAGGAGUCUACUCAUUCGUGACUAAACAAAUCAUCUUUUCCAGUUAGAUUUAGACUAUCCAAAUAUUCUGUUAUUAAUGACUUCCAGUAAUUUUUUCUUUCAACUGUUUCAUGCAACUUUUGUCUAGAAAGUCAUUGUAAUUUGCAUGAAUGCUUCUAAAAGACUUCAAGUGAAAAGUUACUGUGGGUAGAGGGAGUUUCCAAGGUAACUAUUUUAGUAAUCUCUUCCUCUUUCCAUGAUUAGGCUUCUUUCUCUUUAAUCAAAACUGCUUAAGAAAUUUCAAGAAGUCCUUCUGUAUUGCCAGUAAGCUCACCAGACAUAAAUGGUGGAUUUGGUUUUAUGCAAACCUACUUACCAGAAGGUUGCUAACCAAGAUUAGGGGCUGUAUCUUAGGCACGGUGGUCAAGUAUAAUUCUCAUUGUAUGAAUCCCCGGGUCUAAGUGAUUGUAAUAAGACUGAAAAUCAAAGAUAAGUCAGGAAGCGUGGAAUCCAUAUGAGCAGCUUUUAAAUCCAAGAAUGAAAUUUAAAAUCAGAGUUUUUUUUAUUUUAUGUGCUAGAUUUAAUUUUUUUUAAUUUAAUUUUACAUAAAUUUCUACUCCUUAAGAAAUAAUGAAAAGGUAAUUCAGAACUGGGAAAGAGAUUGAAUUUUACUGAAAAUGGUGUUAUAGUCAUAAAUGGAUUAAUUUUUCUUUUCUGUAAGCAGUACUUAGGUAAUCAAGGUCCAAGAAUUUAGAAUGCUCCAACUACCACUUUGAGACCUUGUUAAGGUAUUUAGGGCCUUAGGAAUGAUGGUUUUACCACAAACUAAUAAAUGGUAAGAUUCAGCUGUAUUUCUGUGUUUUAGUAUUAAGUCUUAGAUAAGGAAAUAAAUUAAGGAAAGUGAACCUUUAAAGCCCUAUAAUAAAACAUAUUCAGCAUUACAGCAGCUUUUAGAGGCAGCGGUAUCAUAUCGUUAUUUUUCCCUGACAUGCUCUCUGCCUUCGAAUGUUAAGUCACAUUCCAUGUAAAAAGAUUUUGAAAGGUACCAGAGAGAUAAUGCUGCAGGUAAGGCAUUUGCCUUGCACAUGGCUAACCCGGGUUUGAUCGUGGGCAUCCCAUAUUGUCCCCUGAACAUCACCAGAAGUGAUCAUUGAGCACAGAGCCAGGAGUAAGCCCUGAACACAGCCAGUUAUGGCUUCCAAAUCAAAAAUAAAUUAAAAGAUUCUGAGGGUAUCACAUGCUUUUAGAUUAGUUUGCUAUAUUUUCAAAUAAUUAAGAUAUUUUAAAUUUUUCCAAGAUGAGUCACUGCAUAGUUACUCACUUUAAAUAUUUUUUUGUUUGUUUUUGGGACUAUAGCCAGCUUACCCCUGGCUCAGGUAUCUCUUCUGGUGGGGCUUAGGAGGCCAUCUGGGGUGCCAGGGAUCAAACCGAGGUCAGCUGCAUCCAAGGCAAACACUUUGCCCAUUGCACUAUCAAUCCAGCCCCUAUAAUUAUUUUCAGUUAAUCUCAAAAUGCCAAAAUUCAGCCGUGGUUCAAACUUGGAUGACGUCAGAGAGCAAACAGCAUGUAGAAUUUGGUAAGGACUUUGAACCUGAGACAGAAUCUACUGAACAUUGCUGGAAAGGGUGUGAGGGUUGGGCCACACUCAGCAGAGCUCAGAGCUUCCUCCUGGCUCUGUGUUCAGGGGACCGUAUGGUUGCUGGGAUUGAAUCCUACAUGUAGGGCAAAUAAGUGACUUACCUGUUGUAUUAUCUCUCAGGGCCUUUUUUUUUUUUUACAUUUUUCUGUUUUCUUUUUUUAAUAUUUUGGAAAGUAAAAUAUAUAUGCAAAUUGAACUUCAACCAGUUGAUUAGUUUGUAACUCUGACUUUAAUUGAAAAUAAAAAUAUG